GUCAGCACCAAAACUGGUCCAUCUUCCGGAAAUCCGGAAACCGCUGCGCUUUCUGGCGCGCUGAGAGAAGAGAGGUGGAUGCUUGCAAACGGCGUCGCCAAGAUCCCGGCGGCGAGGAAGGUGGUGAAUCGAGGCUCCCUGAUGGAGAACGGUAAGGUCUACAUCCAUUACAACCACACCGACCCCUGCCGUCACUCCAGAUGGACCGCGAGAGAGAGCUAUCAGUAUAUGUACAGAAGGCCGUGGCAGAAGGUGGUGGACUUCUACUCAGAUUUGGUGAGCUGCGGCAAGGGGGCUUCUUCACUUUCGAGUUUGUUUGUUGAUGAGAAACUUGUGUCACAGGAUAUUACUGAAAAUUUUCAUAGUUGUGAGGAAACAUGUAUAGCAAAUAUACCCACUAAAGAUAAGACAGGAAGAUGGGAAAGAGUAACAUUUAAGAUUGUUUUAUCAUACCAUGGUGGUUCCUUUGAUGGGUGGCAGAAGCAGCCUGGUCUGAAUACCGUUCAAGGACUAGUGGAAAAGUCUCUUGGAAGAUUUGUUGAUGAAAGGAAAGCUAAGAAACUCAAAGACAGAUCUCUGCCACUGGAAGGCUGUGCUGUUGUUGCUGGGCGCACUGAUAAAGGGGUGACUGCUCUUCAGCAAGUUUGUUCAUUUUAUACUUGGAGGAAGGAUGUCAAAUGUGGAGAUAUAAAAGAUGCCAUCAAUGAAGCAGCUCCAGGAAAGCUCAGAGCUUUGACUGUUGCUCAGGUUUCUCGUGUGUUUCAUCCGAAUUUUGCUGCCAACUGGAGGCGCUACUUUUAUAUUUUUCCCCUUGAUGAUGGAGAAGGCCAGAUAAAUCAUAGUGAAAUGGGUUGUUCAAAUUGUGCUUAUGCAUUGGAUGAUGAGCAGAUAAACUGGCAGCCCGAAAAUGAUGAGGAAGAGCAGUCCAUGUCUUUGUUGGAUGAGAAUGAAGAUGACAAUAUGUACAAUACUGUGGCGAAGCCAAGAAACUUCAGUGUAGACAAGGUGAACAAACUUCUACAGCAGCUGGAAGGGAGGUCAUUAUCCUACAAAAUGUUUGCACGUGACACAAAAGCCUCAAGAAGCACUGGACCACCCACGGAAUGUUUUAUGUUUCAUGCUCGAGCUACAGAUGCCAAACUGCCCAAUGAUGACAAGAAUUGUGUAGGUGGACUGAGGGUGAUGUGUGUGGAACUGGUGGCGAAUCGCUUCCUGCGGAAGAUGGUCCGGGUUCUCGUUGCAACUGCCAUAAGAGAAGCGGCGGUUGGUGCAGAUGAUGAUGCUCUACUGAAGCUGAUGGAAGCCACAUGCAGACGUGCCACGGCUCCUCCAGCCCCUCCAGAAGGCCUCUGCCUUGUGGAUGUCGGUUAUGGGGAAUUCAAACAAGAAAAGUGUUUGAUUCUGUGAUCAGAGAAUUUCGCACAGGCAUAUCUACAUCAGCGUUGGUGAGCCCGCUGCCCUUUGUCAGGCCGGUGCAAGCUAUGAUCGGCUUAUUUAAUGGUUUUUGUCCUGCCCCAAGGUGACUUUAGGGAGAGAGUGAGAAGAGUUUCGGUGAUUGUACAACUAAAUGCAUCCACUCUUUAUUGGAUCGAAGAUGAUAGAAAAGAGCCUUGUCUUUUCUGGCCAGCUGCAGAGUGGGAGGAUUUCGUCAUUUUGUCGUCUUUCAUUACCAAUGCAAAAAUUUUAUAUUUUCCAUGUACCAUGGUCUUAUAAAAUGCCAGAGUUCUUGUAUGG